GAUUGAAAAAAAAGGUUGACGUGGUCUGUGUUGUUUGUGGCAAGUUUACAUCCCUAAUAUAUUCUACCCGAAAAUUGACCUUUAAAAGUAUAGAUACUUACAUUGUUUAAUAAAAUUGACCUUAUGGCACUACUUAGUAGUGAUUACUAUAAUUACUAUACACAUAACACUCUAUACGUAUAUCGUACACCGUGCUCUCUUUACCAGAAUGAUGAAAUCCGAAAUAUCGGGUGGCAUGGGGGUGAAAACAGCAAAAAAUAUCGAAGUUUGUUGAGCGGAACCCACCGACGGCACCCACAGUUUGACGUCAGUUAGUCUGUUUAGACAGUUAGUAAGCUGUAGCGUCGCCCGAUAAUGCGGCGUUACUACACGACCUACGUAACUUAACUCAACGAAUAUAGCCAUAGUAUGUAGUCAAAUGGCAGACAAGGGUACUUAAUAGUCAUGACAACCAAUGAAAGAUUCAAAGCAGCUGCCAAAGUGAUAACAAAUCUGCCUAAAAAUGGAAGCUAUCAGCCAAGUGAGGAAUUGAUGCUGAGAUUUUACAGCUACUACAAACAAGCCACCUCAGGACCUUGCAAAAGUUCCAAGCCAGCGUUCUGGCAGCUCGUCAAAAAAGCCAGAUGGGAAGCUUGGGCUCAACUGGGCAACAUGAGCCAAAAAGAUGCUAUGAGUCGUUACAUUGAAGAGCUCAAGGGCAUCAUAGAGACAAUGUCUUACAACGAGGACGUUGCUGAUUUUCUGGACAGAGUGGAUUUGUUUCACGAGAGGACACCUGAGCGAGAUCCAGACACCUUGGAACAGACCCAGUUGCACACUGACUCGUCUCUCUCUGAUACCUCGGAGGAAACGCUUUUGUGGAGGGACGAAGAUAGCGUGAAUGAUGUUGACAGUUAUGUUCAGGAGUCAGAAGCUGAUGAUGAGUUUAUUGAUUCUGUGGAAUAUGCACAUGACAGUUUUCAGAGAGAAUUUCUUAAAAAUUGCGUCAAUGAAAAGCAGUCGGAGUUUGAAGGUUUUGAUAAUAGAAACGAUUUCUGCUUCGAGUCGGCUAGCCAUGACGUUAAUUUUGUACAAUGCACCGAUGCAUCCAAAGGUGUUGAGAUGAUAUUCAAUCGUGACAUGAAUAAAAAUACAGAGUACAACCCAGAGCGGCUUAAUUUGGAGUUUAUGAAUCAAAUUAUGAUCACUCUUAAAGAUCUUCAGGAAAAUUUGAACCAAGUUAUACAUAGAAUUGGAAGUAUUGAAGGAAAGAUGCAGAAAACAAAAAAACGGACGGUUAAAGCUUAUUUUGAUAAAAGCAGUGUUGGAUCUUGACAUAAGGUUUCUUUGAAAUUCAUGACUUUUAUUAUAUUGUGGCCCUUUUUUGCCCAGUUUAUUGUAUAUGUUUGCAAGCGCUACCACAAACGUAAUUGAAAUUUCAUUAUGUUGAAAAACUUUUAUUUAAUAUUAUAAAUGCUAGUCUUUGAUAAGCCAAACAGAUUUAAAAGUAAAUGUAAUGUUCCAUGUUUAAGUCGAUCUGAAGUAAUGCAUUUAAACUACGGUAAUUGUUAUAUAAAAUGUGUACUUCUCUGAAAGACUCCUUGAAGCAAUCAUAUUCUUAUGCCUAUCUAGAGUUUUAUUACUUACGAAAAAAAUAAGUUCAUAGAAUUAAUUUUUUACUGUCCUAUGUAUGGAUGAAUGUGAAUUGUAAAUAUAUUUAAAUAUUCGCUACAUUUAACUGACUGAAAUGUGCAAAGUAAUCUCCCUCGCUUUUUUUCUACGUAAUAAAAAUGAACCUAUCACAACUGUA